GUAACCCUUACGCGUCACACCACCGUGAUGCUGCUGUCAAAGGGGCUGUUGCGGAGCCUGAUAAUGCACUAGUCAGCACCGGAGGAGAAAAGAUAUGGUUGUAAUCGGGGAGACUAAACAAAACAGCGAAUCAGGAUCCGUUAGGAUCAGCUAAUCAGAAUUGCUUGCCGACUUCUUUUGCACGUGUUUGGAGCCUGCCAGUGUCGUCCCGCCAUGGCAGAGCAGGUACCUCCCGUAGACAAGCCUCCGUCCGCCACGGCCUCGCACUUUAUCAUCGGCUCUGUGUCUGAGGACAACUCGGAGGAUGAGAAUGCGGGCAGGCCGGAGCUGGCGGCGGAGAAGGAGCGCUCCUUGUCCCCUUCCUCUGUCAGCUCGGACAGCACCUACGAGAUGGGCUUCGACAGCAUCGACGGGAACCUGCACAACAUGAGGCCCAGCAUGUCAGGGCUGCACCUGGUCAAGCAAGGCCGCGACCGGCGCCGCAUCGAUCAGCAGAGGGAUUUCACCGUGGCCUCUCCCGCCGAGUUCGUCACCCGCUUCGGAGGAAACAAGGUCAUCGAGAAGGUGCUCAUCGCCAACAACGGCAUCGCCGCAGUCAAGUGUAUGCGCUCCAUCCGGCGCUGGGCAUACGAGAUGUUCCGAAAUGAGCGUGCCCUCCGUUUCGUUGUCAUGGUUACUCCGGAGGACCUGAAGGCCAAUGCGGAGUACAUAAAAAUGGCAGACCAUUAUGUACCUGUUCCUGGUGGAACGAACAACAACAACUAUGCCAAUGUAGAGCUCAUUGUGGACAUUGCCAAGCGCAUUCCAGUUCAGGCAGUGUGGGCAGGUUGGGGUCACGCGUCGGAGAACCCGAAGCUCCCCGAGCUACUGCACAAGAACAGCAUCGCCUUCAUGGGUCCCCCCAGCCAGGCGAUGUGGGCCCUGGGAGACAAGAUCGCUUCCUCCAUCGUGGCGCAGACCGCUGGAAUUCCCACCCUGCCAUGGAGCGGAACGGGGCUGAGCAUCAGGUGGUCUGAAAGCGACCAGAAGAAGGGCAUUGUCAGCGUUCCCAACGAUCUCUACGAGCUGGGCUGCAUCCAGGACGUGGAGGCCGGCCUCAAGGUUGCCGAGAAGGUGGGCUACCCUGUGAUGAUCAAGGCUUCGGAGGGCGGUGGAGGUAAGGGCAUUCGCAAGGUCAACAGUGCGGACGACUUCCCCAACCUCUUCAGACAGGUGCAGACGGAGGUUCCCGGCUCACCCAUCUUCGUCAUGCUCCUGGCCAAACAUGCACGGCACCUUGAGGUGCAGAUUCUGGCUGACCAAUAUGGCAACGCCAUCUCACUGUUCGGCAGGGACUGCUCUGUUCAGCGUCGCCACCAGAAGAUCAUCGAAGAGGCACCUGCCACCAUUGCCACCCCAGAUGUGUUCGAGAAUAUGGAGAGGUGUGCGGUGAAGCUGGCUAAGAUGGUGGGCUAUGUUAGUGCGGGCACGGUGGAGUAUCUCUACAGCCAGGAUGGCAGCUUCUACUUCUUAGAGCUGAACCCACGUCUGCAGGUGGAGCACCCCUGUACGGAGAUGGUGGCUGACGUCAACCUGCCCGCCGCCCAGCUGCAGAUCGCCAUGGGCAUCCCUCUGCACCGCAUCAAAGACAUCCGCAUGCUGCACGGCCUGCAGCCCUGGGGAGACGCCCCCAUUGACUUCGAGGCGCUCUCUACCGCCCCCUGUCCACGAGGGCAUGUCAUUGCAGCCCGCAUUACCAGCGAGAACCCCGACGAGGGGUUCAAGCCCAGCUCGGGCACAGUGCAGGAGCUGAACUUCCGCAGUAACAAGAACGUGUGGGGCUACUUCAGCGUGGCGGCCGCCGGUGGCCUGCACGAGUUCGCCGACUCCCAGUUCGGGCACUGCUUCUCCUGGGGCGAGAACCGCGAGGAGGCCAUCUCAAACAUGGUAGUGGCACUGAAGGAGCUCUCCAUCCGCGGCGACUUCCGCACCACGGUGGAGUACCUGAUUAAGCUGUUGGAGACAGAGAGCUUCCAGCACAACAGCAUCGACACGGGCUGGCUGGACCGGCUCAUCUCCGAGAAGAUGCAGGCGGAGCGUCCGGACACGAUUCUGGGAAUAGUGAGCGGGGCGCUGCACGUCGCGGAUGUGAACUUCAGGAACAGCGUGUCCAACUUCCUGCACUCUCUGGAGAGGGGCCAGGUGCUUCCCGCCAGCACGCUGCUCAACACGGUGGACGUGGAGCUGAUCUACGAGGGCACCAAGUACGUGCUGAAGGUGACACGCCAGUCGCCCAACUCCUACGUGGUCAUCAUGAACAGCUCGUUGGCCGAGGUGGAUGUGCACCGACUGAGUGACGGAGGCCUGCUCCUCUCCUACGACGGCAGCAGCUACACCACCUACAUGAAGGAGGAGGUAGACAGGUACCGCAUCACCAUCGGCAACAAGACGUGUGUGUUUGAGAAGGAGAACGACCCGUCCGUGCUGCGCUCGCCAUCGGCAGGCAAACUCAUCCAGUACACAGUGGAGGACGGCGGGCACAUGUUUGCUGGGCAGUGCUAUGCUGAGAUCGAGGUGAUGAAGAUGGUGAUGACCCUGACCGCAGGGGAGUCAGGCUGCAUCCACUAUGUGAAGAGAGCAGGUGCAGUUCUGGAGCCUGGCUGCAUCAUAGCCAAACUGCAGCUGGACGACCCCAGCAGAGUGCAGCAGGCGGAGCUGCAUACAGGGGCACUUCCCAGAAUUCAGGCGGUGGCUCUUCGUGGAGAGAAGCUGCACCGUGUCUUCCACAGCACUCUGGACCACCUGGUGCACAUCAUGAAUGGCUUCUGCCUGCCAGAGCCCUUCUUCAGUGCCAAGCUAAAGGAGUGGGUGGAGCGGCUGAUGAAGACCCUGCGUGACCCCUCCCUGCCCCUGCUGGAGCUGCAGGACAUCAUGACCAGCGUGUCAGGACGCAUUCCGCCUGCCGUGGAGAAGGCCAUCAAGAAAGAGAUGGCCCAGUACGCCAGCAACAUCACCUCUGUGCUCUGCCAAUUCCCCAGCCAGCAGAUUGCCAACAUUCUGGACAGCCAUGCAGCCACCCUCAACAGGAAGUCGGAGCGGGAGGUCUUCUUCAUGAACACUCAGAGCAUUGUGCAGCUCGUCCAAAAGUACCGCAGCGGGAUCCGGGGCCAUAUGAGGGCAGUGGUGAUGGACUUGCUCAGGCAGUACCUGAAGGUGGAGGUGCAGUUUCAGCAGGGACACUACGACAAGUGUGUGUUUGCACUCCGUGAAGAGUACAAAGACGAGAUGGCCAAUGUGCUCAACUACAUUUUCUCCCACGCACAGGUCACCAAGAAGAACUCUCUGGUCACCAUGCUGAUUGAUCAGCUGUGUGGGCGGGACCCCACACUGACCGACGAGCUCAUGGCCAUCUUAACUGAGCUCACGCAGCUCAGCAAAACCACCAACGCAAAAGUGGCACUGCGUGCACGCCAGGUGCUGAUCGCAUCUCACCUUCCCUCAUACGAACUGCGCCACAACCAGGUGGAGUCCAUCUUCCUCUCGGCCAUUGACAUGUACGGCCACCAGUUCUGCAUCGAGAACCUGCAGAAACUUAUCCUGUCUGAGACCUCCAUCUUUGACGUCCUGCCCAAUUUCUUCUACCAUAGUAACCAGGUGGUCAGAAUGGCUGCUCUGGAGGUGUAUGUUCGUAGGGCCUACAUUGCGUACGAACUCAACAGUGUCCAGCACCGGCAGCUGAAGGACAACACCUGCAUCGUGGAGUUCCAGUUCAUGCUGCCGACCUCGCAUCCCAACAGAGGGAACAUCCCCACUCUAAACAGAAUGUCCUUCUCAUCCAACCUGAACCAUUAUGGCAUGAUGCACGUGGCCAGCGUGAGUGAUGUUCUGCUGGACAGUUCCUUCACGCCACCCUGCCAGCGCACGGGGGCCAUGGUGUCCUUCCGCUCCUUCCAGGAGUUCACCAGGAACAUUAAAGAUGUGCUAAGCUGUUUCUCAGACUCUCCACCCACUAGCCCUUCCUUCCCUGAGGGGGGAAACCCUGUACUGUAUGGCGAGGAAGACAACAAGAGCAUCCAGGACGAGCCUGUCCACAUCCUAAACAUCGCCAUCAAGACCGACAGCGACAUCGACGACGACGGUCUUGCCGCAAUGUUCCGGGAGUUCACCCAGUCUAAGAAAUCCCUGCUGUUUGAGCAUGGCAUCCGGAGACUAACGUUCCUCGUGGCGCAGAAGGAUUUCAGGAAACAGGUCAACUGUGAGGUCGACCAGAGGUUCCAUAGGGAGUUCCCCAAAUUUUUCACCUUCCGUUCAAGAGACAAGUUCGAGGAGGACCGCAUCUAUCGCCACCUGGAGCCUGCCCUAGCCUUCCAGCUGGAGCUGAACCGCAUGCGGAACUUUGCGCUGACAGCCAUUCCGUGCGCCAACCACAAGAUGCACCUGUACCUUGGGGCUGCCCGUGUGGAGGUGGGCACAGAGGUUACUGACUACCGCUUCUUCGUGCGUGCCAUUAUCCGCCACUCGGACCUCGUCACCAAGGAGGCUUCGUUCGAGUACCUGCACAAUGAGGCAGAGCGCCUCCUGCUGGAGGCCAUGGAUGAGCUGGAGGUGGCCUUCAACAACACCACGGUGCGCACAGACUGCAACCACAUCUUCCUCAACUUCGUUCCCACCGUCAUCAUGGAUCCCUCGAAGAUCGAGGAGUCCGUGCGCUCCAUGGUGAUGCGCUACGGCAGCCGUCUAUGGAAGCUGCGCGUGCUGCAGGCAGAGCUGAAGAUCAACAUCCGCCUGACCCCCACGGGCAAGCAGAUCCCCAUUCGCCUCUUCCUCACCAAUGAGAGCGGCUACUACCUGGACAUCAGCCUGUACAAGGAGGUCACCGACUCCCGCACGGGACAGGUGGGGCCCAAAGACCGCCAGAUCAUGUUCCAGGCCUACGGCGACAAGCAGGGCCCUCUGCACGGUAUGCUGAUCAACACGCCCUACGUCACCAAAGACCUGCUGCAGUCCAAGCGCUUCCAGGCCCAGAGCCUGGGUACCACCUACGUCUACGACUUCCCUGAGAUGUUCCGCCAGGCCCUGAAGAAACUGUGGCAAUCCAUGGACUCGUAUGCCCACCUACCUAAGUGUCCUCUGCCCUCCGAGCUGCUCACGUUCACGGAGCUGGUGUUGGAUCCACAGGGCCAGUUGGUGCAGAUGAAUCGCCUGCCUGGGGGCAAUGAGAUCGGCAUGGUGGCAUGGCGCAUGACGCUCCGCACGCCUGAGUACCCCGCGGGGCGUGAGAUCAUCGUCAUUAGCAAUGACAUCACACACAAGAUCGGCUCGUUCGGGCCGCAAGAGGACGUGCUCUUCCAGCAGGCUUCGGAGAUGGCACGCGAGAGCGGCAUCCCACGCGUCUACAUCGCCGCCAACAGUGGCGCCCGCAUCGGCCUGGCCGAGGAGAUCCGGCACAUGUUCCACGUAGCCUGGCAGGACCCAGCCGACCUGUACAAGGGAUUUAAGUACCUCUACCUCACACCUCAGGACUACAAAAAGGUAUCAGCAUUGAACUCUGUGCAUUGUGAGCACGUGGAGGAUGAGGGAGAGUCUAGGUAUAAGAUCACAGAUAUCAUUGGGAAGGAGGAAGGUUUAGGGGUGGAGAAUCUGAGGGGCUCUGGGAUGAUUGCUGGAGAAUCCUCACUGGCUUAUGAAAAUAUCAUCACCAUGAAUCUGGUGACGUGCCGAGCUAUCGGCAUCGGCGCUUACCUGGUGCGCCUUGGCCAGCGGACCAUCCAGGUGGAAAACUCCCACAUCAUCCUGACGGGAGCUGGAGCCCUCAACAAGGUGCUCGGCCGCGAGGUCUACACCUCCAACAACCAGCUGGGGGGAGUGCAGAUCAUGCACAACAACGGCGUCACUCACACCACGGUGUGUGACGACUUCGAGGGUGUGUACACCCUGCUCCAGUGGCUCUCCUACAUGCCCAAGAGCUCAUCCAGCCCCGUGCCACUGCUGGCGGCCAAGGACCCCAUCGACCGGCCAGUGGAGUUUGUGCCAACCAAAGCGCCCUACGACCCCCGGUGGAUGCUGGCAGGACGGCCCAGCCAGAACCCCAAGGGGGCGUGGGUGAGCGGCUUCUUCGACCACGGCUCCUUCAUGGAGAUAAUGCAGCCAUGGGCACAGAGUGUGGUAGUGGGCAGAGCCAGGUUGGGUGGGAUCCCGACCGGAGUGGUUGCUGUGGAGACCAGAACUGUGGAGCUGUCCAUCCCAGCAGACCCAGCCAAUCUGGACUCGGAGGCCAAGAGCAUCCAGCAAGCCGGGCAGGUGUGGUUCCCUGAUUCUGCGUUUAAGACUGCCCAGGCCAUUAAGGACCUGAACCGGGAGGGCCUUCCACUCAUGGUGUUCGCCAACUGGAGAGGUUUCUCUGGAGGCAUGAAGGACAUGUAUGACCAGGUGCUGAAGUUCGGCGCCUAUAUCGUGGACGGGCUGAGGGAGUACCAGCAGCCCGUGCUCGUCUACGUCCCGCCACAGGCCGAGCUGCGCGGGGGUUCAUGGGUAGUGAUUGACCCCACCAUCAACCCACGCCACAUGGAGAUGUAUGCAGACAAGGAAAGCAGGGGUGGAGUGCUGGAGCCAGAGGGCACAGUGGAGAUCAAGUUCCGCAAGAAGGACCUGGUGAAGACCAUGAGACGCGUGGACCCUGUGUACAUGGGCCUGGCUGAAAGACUGGGCACCCCUGAGCUAAGCCCAACAGAGCGUAAGGAGCUGGAGACCAAACUGAAGGAGAGGGAGGAGUUCCUGAUCCCCAUCUACCAUCAGGUGGCGGUGCAGUUUGCCGACCUCCACGACACACCAGGACGCAUGCAGGAGAAGGGAGUCAUCACCGACGUGCUGGAGUGGCGCACGUCACGGCAGUUCUUCUACUGGCGCCUACGGCGCCUCCUGCUGGAGGACACGGUGAAGCGCAAGAUUCAGGAGGCCAACGGUGAGCUGACGGACGGCCAGGUGCAGGCCAUGCUGCGCCGCUGGUUCGUGGAAGCCGAGGGAGCCGUGAAGGCUUAUUUAUGGGACAGUAAUGAGGACCUGGUAGAGUGGUUGGAGAAACAGCUGAUGGAUGAGGAAGGUGCCAGGUCUGUCAUUGAUGAGAACAUUAAGUACAUCCGCCGGGACCACAUUCUGAAGCAGAUCCGCAGUCUGGUGCAGGCCAACCCCGAGGUCGCCAUGGACUCCAUCGUGCACAUGACGCAGCACAUCACGCCCACGCAGCGAGCCGAGGUGGUGCGCAUCCUCUCCACCAUGGACGCGCCCGCCUCCUCCUAGACGCCCCCUCUCUAACAGAACGGCCGGCGGAAACCUGGGCCAGAGGAGCCAACGUGGCGGCCCACGGCCAGGGGACUUGACUGUUGGCAGUGAUUCUGAUCUGAACAGCUGCAUAUAACACCUCUGUGGAACCUUUCUCUCAGUGGUGAGACUUUAAGAUGUAAACUACUGUGCACAUUUGGGGGGGAAGGGGUAGACUUGAGUAUAAAUUAUGUGAUGGGCUUUGCACUUAUUAAUCUAGGUAAGUGCAAUUUCAGAAAGGAAAAUAGAUGAGACCAAUAUGAAUUUUGUAUGCAACUGUCAUUUGCUGACAGAGAAAAGGAGUCGUUACAGGACACAGCGUGACAGCCGAGUUUCAUGUUCCCGUUAUAGACACACAGACAGAAGGAAAAAAAGCCCGUCAGAGGUGAACUGAUUGGUUGGCUUGUUUCCUGUUUCACGUUGCUAUUGGCCGCAGGACGCCGUGCACACUUCUGAAGCUAGCCCUUAAAGCAUGACCCCCGCAGAAGAACGCACUGCCGUCUUUUGUGCUGAGCCGAGUACAGCUGGGAAGCUUGCUAUGGAAAGAAAACUGAUCCAGGAUCAAGGCAAAAAAUGUUGCUGCAGAUCAGAAAAAAGUUUCCAGCUUACAGUUACUAAGCAUGUUGUAACGACACGCACACACUGUAUGCCAUUUACAGCCAACAUGAUCAUUACCUAUCCUUGUAAUAAUAGUGUACCUUCCUGCCCCCUGCAGUGGCUUUUAAUACCAUUUAACAAAAAAAUUUAACACCCAUUUUUUUUCACUUUUGGUAGCACUACCACAAACCAUUUUUUCCCCUCCUUUUCUAUGUUGAAGCUGAUGUUACACGCACAAUAAGAUGUUCAUUUAUUACUAUUAUUUUUUGUAACAGAUAAUGUGUCUCCCUAAUUUAUUAAUAGUAAUUACGGCUAAAAGACGACGUUCCAGUUUAUGCUAAUGUGCUUAUAAUUGACAAGUGUGCUAUGACCUUCAAGUUUAGGACCAAAUCUUGGGUCAUUAUUUUUAUGAAGCUGACUAUAACAAAUGGAGAGGGGGAAAAAAACAGAAAAGGAAAAAAACAUUUGUAGGAAAGAGGGCUUAUGGGGUGGGGGUGGGGGGUCGGGUCCAGACCACGGCACUGAGUGGGAGUGCGAAGGAGUAGAGCAGCACAGGGAGACCUCUCUGGCUGGCCUGCCCGACUGUGUGAAAGGUCACCUGCUCUGAUCCAUGAUCAGCGGCAAGCCCUCAGGACCCAUCUUUUCCAUUGCCAGACACUACAGCGAACAGGCUACUGGUUACGUCGGCGUAAAAAGAGGAGAAUGUGCUUAUGUGGGUAAUGCAACUGAAUAAAAGCAGUAUGUUCAACCUCA